UGAAUAGCAUUCGAAUUUUUUGGAUUCAUCCGAGAGAAUUUUUGUCAAAACAUUGAGUUUCAUUCAGUUUCAUCAUCAUUGAAAUCAACAUUGAAAAAUUAACAUGGCCAAAAGUAAUAUCGAUGACGCUAAAUUAGAGGUGAAACGUUUCUUAAUCCAUGCUAAUCGCCCAUAUAGUUGUACAGAUGUGGCCAAUAAUUUUCAAAAUAAAUUCAACAAAUCUUUGAUACAAAAAUCAUUGGAUUCAUUGGUCGAACAAAAUGAUGUGAUUGAAAAAUUAAAUGGCAAACAAAAAAUAUAUUUCAUUUCACAAGAAAACACCAAUUUCAAUGAAGAAUCAAUGAAAAAAGUGCAAGAAAAAAUUGAACAACAUAAUCAAUUGAUUGAAGAAUUAAACAAGUCGAUUGCUGAGAAACGAGAAAAAUUGAAUGCUUUAAAAAGUUAUGUAUCAAUCGAGGAACUUCAAGAUUGUUUGGCCCGAUUACAGGCACAAGUUGAUGAACUUCGUUUACAAUCGAAAGAAUAUGAAUCAAAAUGUUCGGCCGCAAAAAAUAUGGAUGCCGCGAUUGAACGGAAAUCUACGCUUACGUUGAAACGUAAAAAAUUAGUAGAUGAAUGGCGAAAACGUAAACGUAUGGCCACCGGAAUAAUUAAUACGAUAAUGGAAAAUUAUUCGAAAAAGAAAAGAUUUUUCGAAGAAGUAGGUAUCGAAACCGAUGACGAUAAUAAUGUUGUUAUUCCUUCGAAUGUUUAAGCGAAGAUGAAGACACCAGCAAAGAAGUUUUGGAUGUAAAAAAUAUCAUUUCGAAAGU